AGCCCGCACCCCAACAUGCCCCCCCCCCCCCCGAACCCUGGUCCUCCGACCACAGCACAGCACCCUUUGCAAACCAGCCGGGCCGCGCCGACGGUUGCAGUAUUCUUGCAUUUUGCAAUUCCCGCGCGUUCCCUAUUGAACCCCUGGGUGGGAGUUAAAAUCAAACGCCAUUCCGCCUGGCAGGAUCGGGCGGGGAAAGACACGUCCAGGACUGCAAGACGACGCCAGCCACGUGAGACGUGCUGGGGCUUUUCCACCGUGCGGCCCCCCAGGAGGGAAGCCGCGUCCCCCCCCCCCCGCCCAGCAGCAGCAGCAGCAGCAGCAGCACCCCCAGCACCCAGCCAGGCCGAGCUCCCAGGCCACCGCGGGCCGGCGGGGGCCCCGCCCCCAGGCUUCGCCCCGCCCCCAGCAAGAAAAAAAAUUGGCGGCGGCCAAUGGGAGGCCGGGAAGGCACCUGACGUCCGCUGGCCGGCGGGCAGCCUGUUGCCUGGAGACCCCAGCGGGGCGAGCCCGUCCCCUCCCCCGGCGCGCGGCUGGCUAUAUAGGGCGCGAGCGCGGCUGCCCCCGAGUUCCAGCAGUCCGCGAGCUGCCGCCGGCUCCGCGCUGGGGGGGGGGCGGGCGGGCUUGGCACCCCGGGGCGCGGAGGAGCAGCGCUCUUGGCUUCUCCUUCUUUUCCCCCCACGCCGCACUCCCCGGGGCACCCUCCGACGCGUCCACGCUGCUCCCCCCUCUCCCUCCUUCCUCGCUCCCCGCCGACUUCGGGUCCCUCCCCCGCCCCUCUCCCGUUAUCCGUCGUGGCUCCUCCGGUCCGGCAGUGCCGCCGCGCCGAAGGCUCCCUCGGACCUCCUCCCAGCCUGCAGCCCGGACCCUUACAGGAUCCAGAAACAUGUCGACCACACUUCUGCCCGCCUUCUACGACAUCGACUUCUUGUGCAAGACGGAGAAAUCCCUGGCCAACCUCCAUCUGAACAACAUGCUGGACAAGAAGGCGGUGGGCACGCCCGUGGCCGCUGCCGCCGCCCCCAGCGCGGCCUUCACGCCGGGCUUCCUCCGACGGCACUCGGCCAGCAACCUGCACGCGCUCGCCCACCCCGCGGCGCCCAGCCCGGGCAGCUGCUCGCCCAAGUUCCCGGGCGCGCCCAGCGGCGGCGGCGGCGGCGGGGUGGCGGGGAGCCCGGCUGCCCCCUACAGCAGCAGCAGCCUCAAGGAGCCGUCGGGGGGCGGCGGCGGCGGCGGCGGCACCGCGCUGCUCAACAAGGAGAACAAAUUCCGGGACCGCUCCUUCAGCGAGAACGGCGAGCGCAGCCAGCACCUCCUGCACCUGCAGCAGCAGCAGCAGCAGCAGAAGGGCGGCGGCGGCGGCGGCAGCGGCUCCCAGAUCAACUCCACGCGCUACAAGACGGAGCUGUGCCGGCCCUUCGAGGAGAGCGGCACGUGCAAGUACGGCGAGAAGUGCCAGUUCGCCCACGGCUUCCACGAGCUGCGCAGCCUGACCCGCCACCCCAAGUACAAGACGGAGCUGUGCCGCACCUUCCACACCAUCGGCUUCUGCCCCUACGGGCCGCGCUGCCACUUCAUCCACAACGCGGACGAGCGGCGGCCCGCGCCCUCGGGCGGCGGCGGCGGCGGGGGCGCCUCCUCCGGGGGGGACCUGCGCGCCUUCGGUGCCCGCGUUGGCGGCGACGCGCUGGCCCUGGGCUUCCCCCGGGAGCCGCGGCCCAAGCUGCAUCACAGCCUCAGCUUCUCGGGCUUCCCGUCGGGCCACCACCACCAGCCUCCCGGCGGCGGCGGUGGCGGGGGCCUCGAGUCGUCGCAGCUGCUGCUGCUCGACAGCCCCACGUCCCGCACGCCGCCGCCGCCGCUGCCCUCCUGCUCCUCGGCCUCCUCCUCCUCUUGCUCUUCGUCCGCGUCCUCCUGCUCCUCCUCCACCUCCGCGGCCUCCACGCCCUCGGGCGCCCCGACGUGCUGUGCCUCCUCUGCCACGGCGGCGGCUGCAGCGGCGGCGGCCGCCGCGCUCCUGUACGGUACGGGCGGCGCCGAAGACCUGCUGGCCCCCGGCGCCCCGUGCGCCGCCUGCUCGGCCGCCUCCUGCGCCAACAACGCCUUCGCCUUCGGCCCGGAGCUCACCAGCCUCAUCACGCCGCUCGCCAUCCAGACCCACAACUUCGCCGCCGUGGCCGCCGCCUACUACCGCUCCCAGCAGCAGCAGCAGCAGCAGCCGGGCCUGGUGCCCCCCGCGCAGCCGCCCAGCGCGCCCCUGCCCGCCGCCGCGCCGCCCUCGCCGCCCUUCAGCUACCAGCUGCCGCGCCGCCUGUCCGAGUCGCCCGUGUUCGACGCGCCCCCGAGCCCCCCGGACUCGCUGUCGGACCGCGACAGCUACCUGAGCGGCUCCCUGAGCUCCGGCAGCCUCAGCGGCUCCGAGUCCCCCAGCCUGGACCCCGGCCGCCGCCUGCCCAUCUUCAGCCGCCUCUCCAUCUCCGACGACUGAGGUCUCAGAUGAGUUUGGGACUUCAGGGGGGGGGAAAAAUCAACCCAGCACCAGCAGCUACCAACCACACCAUUCCAUAUCCUCACUUGAAAAGCAUUAGUUACAGUCCAGAUGUGGGAACUCCUGUCUUGAAAGAAGUUCCUUAUUGUGUGUGUCUCAGACCAGUGUAAACAAACCAGCCAAGCCACCACCUUGUUAAACCCUAAAGGCCAAGAAUGCUUUUUUUUCCUAGACAGCGGGUGAAUGAGCAGUAGCUGUAGUUUGUAUGUACGUAGGUACAGUUGGAGCACUAUGUUAUGUUGUAUACUCGGGACUACUUUGACACAGAAGUAGGUAUUUGAAUGUAACAAAAGUCAACUUGAGUUGUAAUAUACUUUGGGGAAUCAGCUCACUACAGAUUGUGACUGUAAACAUUGUACUGUAAAUGUUUUGUAGUUUUCCCCCCAAUAAAAUUUUUGGGAAAAAAAGGUA